AUGUCCACUCUUCGUGCAUCGAGGUCCGUAAGGCCAGCAUCGACAUGGCUGAGGAACCAAGCAUUCGUAUCUACACGCCUGACUCUACACGCUGCACGAUCAUUCGCGUCCACAGCAUAUAGUCUCGAUAGUAAGAAUAAGAGGGUACAAUCGGUGUCGCCAUUAGGCCCACUGGGUGUAGAAGCCGCGCUGAAAGCAGCAAAUGACCCAUCUUUCAAACCGCGUCCGACGAUUCAGAAGGAAUUCGACUUGACAGGACGUGUUGCAGUUGUGUCGGGUGGGAACCGCAAUUUGGGGCUCGAGAUGGCUGAAACGCUCGCCGAGCAAGGUGCUGCUGUUUAUUGUCUCGACCUACCUACUCAACCAGGAGAAGAAUGGAUCGCGACGCGGGAUUAUGUGAAAAAGAUGAAUAUCAAGGGUGCGAAACUCGAAUAUGCUAGUGUGGACGUGACGGAUCAAAAGGCUGUAUGGGAUGCUGUUGCGAAGAUUGGGGAUAAGGAGAAAAGGAUGGACGCGUGUGUCGCUGCUGCGGGUAUCUUUCAGGAAUUCGACUGCCUUGAGUACCCUGCUGAGGAGUUCCAGAAAGUUAUGAACGUAAACGUGAAUGGUGUUCUGUAUACUGCACAAGCGGUGGGACGCCAGAUGGUACGCUUUGGUACACCGGGCAGUAUCAUCCUUAUUGCUUCUAUGAGUGGGAGCAUCACUAACAUGGGCCAUGCGUGGGUAGCAUACAAUACGAGCAAGUCGGCGGUCAUUCAGAUGGGACGUAGUUUGGCCUGUGAGCUAGGCCCGAAGAAAAUUAGGGUCAAUACAUUGUCGCCUGGACAUAUGUAUACGAAUUUGAUGGCGGCGUACCUUGACAAGUAUCCGGAACUGUUUGAAAAAUGGUCGAACUUGAAUCCUUUGGGUCGCUUCGGGAGACCGGAUGAGUUGCGUGGAGUCGUAGCUUGGCUUGCAUCGGACGCUUCUACGUUCUGUACUGGUAGCGACAUACUCGUUAGUGGUGGUCACCACUCGUGGUAG